AUGGCUUCAGCUUUAAUGGAAGCUGAAGAAUCAUCAAUUGUUUCAGAUAAUGCUCAUAUAGCUGGUCUUGAAUCACAAAUUCUUAAUUCACAAGAAGUAAUAAUACGCCUUAAUCGUGAAUUAGAUAGUGCAUUACUUCGUAUAUCAACACUUGAAAAUGUUUGUUCAGAAAAUCAAAAUGAUCUUCAUGAAAAACGUAAUCGUAUAAAUAAGUUAAACGAUGAAAUUGAUGAAAGAGAAGAAAUGAAUGAACGUUUAAGACAAGAAAUAUAUGAAAAAGAUGAAAAAUUGAAAAGUUUAGAUAAUAUAAUUAUUCAACUUAAACAACAUAUUAAACAAGAAAAUAUUGACAAAGAACAACGAAAAACAUAUGAAAAUAUGCAUUGUCAACAAUGUCAAUUUUUACUUGAUGAAUUUGAAAAAACAACAGAAAAUUUUUCAAUUACUGAUCUUCAUUCUCAAAUUAUGUUUGAUAGACAAUUAUGUCAACUUAUUCUUAAUGAUCUUGGUAAUAAUAAUAAUUAUUCAUUGAAUAAUUCUCCACAAAUGAUUCUUGAUCAAUAUCAUAAAAAUGAACGUUUAAAAUUUCAUGAUCUUCUGCAACAAAGUUUAAUAGCCGAUGAUAUAUUGAAUCUUAUUAAUUCUGAUGAUAUUUUAUUUGAAUUAUUAACACAUUUAAAUAGUCUUGUUCGUUUAAAAGAAACACUUUCAUAUGAUAGUAAAGAAUUACAACAUAUUCGUUCAUUACUUCAUUUAACUAAUAAUAAUAAUAAUAAUGAUGAAUUUAUUAAAGAUUUAAUUAAUAAACGUGAAUGUAUAGAAUAUUUACGUACAAAAAUUGAUAAUAAUCAUAAUUUUACUGAUUAUGAUCUUAUUAAAAAUGUUUUACAUGAUUAUUUUAAUUUUCAACAACAACAAAUCGAAAUAAAAGAAUAUUUACAUUUAAAUAUUGAUAAUCAUAAUGAUAAUUCUUUAAACUAUACAAGACUUUUAAUUGAACGUUGUAAUGAAGCAAUACAUGUUGAAGUAGAAUUAAAUGAACGUAUUAAAAAUCAUGAACAAACAAUUGAACAACUUACAAAUCAAUUAGAUGAACAUAUUAAUGAAAUAGUUGAACGACGCAAGCAAAUCGAUAAUAUUAUUUUAAAAUUUUCUAAUAAAUCAAUUGAUCAAAAUAUAAAUGAAGUUACUCAAUUGGAUCAUAUUCGAUCAAUACUUCAAUCUGAUGCAGAUUUUCGACAUGCACUUGCUUCUGAAACUCUUGUAACAUCAAAUGAAGAUAUUCUUCAACGUGUACGUGAAUAUAAAUUAACUUAUGAAAAGCAUCUCAUGUUAGCUGAAAAAGAUUCUAAUCAAGAUCAACAGUUAAUUAUCGAUGAACUUACAAUACAAAUUCAGGAAUUAAAAAAAGAAGCAAAUCAACGAAAGAGUCAACUAAAAGAAAUAACUUCAUUCUUGCAAUCAGACACAGACAAUGAAGAAAUACAAUUCAAUUUAAUUCAUUCAUUUCUUCAAUCAUCAAAUAAUUUUUCUCUGACUCUAUCUAAUAAAUUAUCCGUAGAAAAUAAUAAUGAAUCAAUAUUGCAACGUAUUCAUGAUUAUCAAUUAAUUAUUAAUCAAUUAAAUUCUCAUGAAAAUCAUUGGACAAAUGAAACAACUGAUGAGUUAAUUAUCAAAUUAAAAACUUUGAAAAAUAUCGAAAAUCUUGUUGACGAUCUACAAAAACAAUUAAAUGAAUCAAUUCAUAAGGAGAAACAAUUACAAACUGAUAUCAAAGAAAUUACGGAUCGAUUUAUACCAAAUAUCGAUUACAAUGAAGGAUCGAAUAUAACACAUAUUCGUCAUUUACUUGAAUCUUUAACUAAUUUUCGUCAAAAACUUGUCGACAAAACGCAAAUAAAUUCAGAUGAAGAUAUUUUAAAUUUAUUUCAAAAAUAUCAAGAAAAUAAUAUUCAACUUCAAGACUUAUUAAAUCAAACUAUUCAAGAAAAACAAGAUAUAUAUAUAGAUGCCGAAUCACAAACAACAGAUAGAGAUAAUUUUUAUAAUCAAAUUAAAGAACUCAGCGGUAUAGAAGUAGAUAAUCCAGAAGAAAUAAUCAAUAAAAUCAAAGAAUUAUCUCAAUUACCUUCUUCAACUAUAAUCGACGAAUUACUUUCGAAUAAUGAAAAACUUCGAAAUUUAUUAAAUAUUGAAGAUGAAAAUCUUGUUGAAUCAGUAGUGAAAUUAAAUGAAAACUUUCAUCAAUUAAAAGAACAACAUGAAAAACUUAUUCAAAAAGAAAAUACGAUUAGUAAAAGUAUUGAACAAAUGAUGAAUAUACUAGGCUUAACUUAUGAUUCAUCACUUCAAACAUGUAUUAAUGAAAUUUGUGCAAUAUUCGAUACAUUUUCUAUUGAAUAUCAUCAAUUAACAUCUACAACUAUUAAAACAAUGAAUAUAAUUGCAAUAUUUAAACAUAUUCAAUUAGUUCUUAUAGAAAAUAAUCGUUUAAAAGAAUUAAUUGAUCAAUUGGAUUUUGAUAAUUCAACAAAUGAUUUGGAUUAUAUAUCUAAAUUACAAAAUUAUUCAAGAAAAGUCGAGAAUUUAUGUCAAUUAUUAUGUGAUGAUGAUGAUGAUAAUAUUAAUAUUGAUCAAGCAUUAGUUAUGUAUCAAAGGAAGAUUGAACAGGAUCAAAAUACCAUUGGAAAAAUUUCUAGUUUUAAACAACAACUUUUAAAACGUUUAUCCAUUGAUAAUGAAGAAAAAAUCUUCGAUCGUCUAUCUGAAAUAGAAGAAACUAAUACUAAUUUAAAAGAAAAAUUACAAACUCAUAAUGAUACAAAUAGUACUUUAAAUUUGUUAAAUAUUACAAUAUCCGAACAACGUAAACAAAUAUUGGAACAUGAAGAAACAUUAGAAAAAUUACGAACACAACGUGAACGAAUGUUAAAUAAAAUGAAAGAAAUGAAAACAAAUAAUGAAACAUUAACAAAUGAACUUAAACAAGCUAAUGAAUCUCUUGAUGAAUUUCAUCGAAAAGAAAUUGAUUAUAAAAAUCAAAUCGAAGAACUUGAACAACAGUUACGUAGUAUUAACAAUCAAAUUCAAGUUACAUUUGAUGAAUGUCAAACACAACAAGAAUUACAAGAUACAAUGAAAAUUGAAAUUGAAUCAAUAAAAAAUGAAAUGGAUACACAAAAAAAAUUAUAUGAAUCUCGAUGUCGUCAAAUAAUGCAUGAAAAAAAUCAAUUAGAUAAAAAUCGAAAAGAAUUAUUUGAACAAAAACAAAUACUUGAAAAUGAAAAUAAACGAUUACAAACAAAUCUUCAUACAAUUAAAGAUACACUUGAAAAUGUUGAUGAUAUAAAUUCAAUUGUUGAUGCAAUAUUAAAACUUCGUCAAGAUCAUUUAAUAUUUACAAAUGAACUUAGUCAACAUAAUGAACAUAUACAUAAAGAAAAUGAAAAAUUAUUAUUAAAUAUUCAUCAACAACAAAGUACAAUUAAUGAAUAUAUACAAAUAAAACAUGAUUUAGAAAAACGUUUAUUUGAUAAUGAACAACAAUUUAUGAAUUUAAAACAAGAAUUAAAUGAAAAAAUAAAUCAAUAUCAAUGCUUACAAAAUGAAUAUCAAUUAUAUAAAGAAGAAUAUUCAAGAAAAAUAAAUCCACAAGUAGCAAUUCUUGAUAUUGAAGAAUCUUCACCAUUACAACCACAUCAUUUAUCUAUUCAACAAGCAGCUGAAUCGAAUCAUUGUAAACUUGGUAUAACAUUAACUCAUCGUCCUCGUUUAUCAUCAGUAUAUUUUAUUUAUUUAUGUGCUGUUCAUUUGUUAACUAUUUAUUUAUUAUUUAUUCGUCAUUGUUAA